GAGAGAGAGGGGAGGGGUGAAGUUCAGUGAGGCUGUGCCGCCUGUUUUUAGAGACUUACAGACAUUUUGUCGUCAGCCAGACAACUUAUUUUAGCCGUCAAGCUAGCGACUGUGACAGAUAAUUAGCCCGGCGUCCCUUUGCUACAUUAGUGCUGGUUUACUUGCGUCAAGCUCACUUUAAAAGUGACUGAAAGUUUAGUUUUGUUACGGGACCGAGAGGUUGUUGUUUUUAGACUUUUUUGCGAUGACGAGCAUCACGGCAAACGAGGCGAGCAGCGCGGACAAGACCCCGUCCUUCGAGAUGUCCUGGGGCAGCUCCGCCAGCAGUGGCUACUGCAGCGACGAGGACUCCGACCCGGAGUUCGAGCAGUUCUUCACCGCCCGGACCUCCUUCUUUCCCAAAACCAGAAAAAACAGUGUCAAGAAUGAAAACGAUGAACACACUGAUUCGGUCAAGCAGGAGCUGACGACAGCAGAAGUUUUACAGAAGGUGAAGGAGUACAAUGCUCAAAUCAACAGUAAUCUUUUCAUGAACAUGAACAAGGAUGGGUCCUACACUGGCUUCAUUAAGGUGCAGUUUAAGCUGGCUCGGCCCGUGUCAGUUCCAGCUCCAAAGAAAGGAGGCCACGAUGUAGGAGCGAGGAGGGCCAGUGGGGUGAAGCGCCGCACUUCUUUCUACCUGCCAAAGGAUGCGUCCAAGCAUUUGCACAUAAGUUCUCGCACUACUUCUCGUGAAGUCAUUGAGGCUUUGUUGAAGAAGUUUACUGUGGUGGACAAUCCUGGCAAGUUUGCACUGUUUGAGCGCAGCGAGCGCCAUGACCAAGUUUAUGUUCGUAAACUCUCUGAUGGAGAGCGCCCCCUCCGUCUGCGCCUGUGUGCUGGGCCCAAUGAAAAAGUCCUCAGCUUUGUGAUCAAAGAGAAUGAAACUGGUGAAGUCAAUUGGCAUGCCUUCUCCAUGCCCGAGUUGAAGAACUUCCUGCUCAUCCUGCAGCGUGAAGAAGAGGAGCACGUCAAGCAGAUAGUGCAGCGCUACGCUUUAGCUCGUGCUAAGAUGCAGGGGGCUCUAUCUGGCUCGACCCCGGGCUGAAACUACCCUCUGCUCGGGGUUCAACAUGCAACGCCUGGCUGGAAAAUGACGACCAGUCAUCACCGUAUGCAACGAUCCCAGAGAAUACGACGGAAGUACACCUCUUGAUGAACGAGAGAGUGCGAUAGGGUGCAAGACAAUGAGAGAAAGAGCUAGCGCGUAUGUGCGUGUGAAAUGUUGCGUUAGAUGAGAAGUGCCUUACACCUGGAGAGUCUGAUGUGCCUGGGAGAAUGAGUUAAAGAGUGGAGGCUGGCAGAUGAGAUGGUG